GCAGACAGCGUGGCUGCUUUGUCGCAGUAACACCGAGUCCAGCCGAGCAGCUGCUGCUGACAUCCUCAGGUGGAGUCAGUCUGACUGGGUCGACAUGCCGCCGGUCAGUCUGUUCUCUCUGUGACCGCGGUUAUACCGGAGGGUUUGCGCUCGGCUUGCUGUCACUGAAAGCUGGCGCUGAAAGCGAAGGGGAAAGACCGACAGCUCCCUGCUUCGACCCCGGUACCGGGAAGCCACCAACCCCGGAUCGGCCGCAAGAACCCAACCGCAACGGUUGGUUAGCGGGAAGCUAACAGGCGUAAGCCGAGGAUAUCCGUUCACUUCGGUGUCGUCAAACAGCUCUGACUAAAAAGCGACGGCGACAGCGUGAAGAUGGACUGAAAACAUGAAGGGCGGGACUGUCCAGUCAUCCAAAUAGGAGGGCCUCUGUCAAAGGUUGUGCUCUUCAGCUUACCUGUGCAACAGAGCUGAGAGACAGCAGAAGAUGCCUCCAAGGCCAUCCUCAGGAGAGCUAUGGGGGAUCCACUUGAUGCCUCCAAGGAUCCUAGUGGACUGCCUGCUACCCAACGGGAUGAUUCUGAACUUGGAGUGUCUCCGAGAGGCCACACUAAUUACCAUCAAGCAUGAGCUGUUCAAGGAGGCCAGAAAAUACCCUCUCCAUCACCUCCUACAAGAGGAGACAUCCUACAUUUUUGUCAGUGUUACACAGGAAGCAGAGCGGGAGGAGUUCUAUGACGAGACCCGAAGGCUGUGUGACCUUCGACUCUUCCAGCCUUUUCUCAAAGUCAUCGAGCCAGUCGGUAACAGAGAAGAAAAGAUCCUAAACAGAGAGAUUGGUUUUGCCAUCGGUAUGCCUGUGUGUGAGUUUGACCUUGUGAAGGACCCUGAGGUUCAGGACUUCAGGAGAAACAUCCUUAAUGUUUGUAAAGAUUCUGUGGAGCUGAGAAAUGCCAGUGGUCCUCACAGCAGAGCACUGUAUGUUUACCCACCCAACGUCGAAUCAACGCAGGAACUUCCCAAACACAUCAAUAACAAACUUGACAAAGGCCAGAUUAUUGUUGUAAUCUGGGUGAUCGUUUCCCCAAACAAUGACAAACAAAAGUAUACACUGAAGAUCAACCAUGACUGUGUGCCUGAACAGGUGAUUGCAGAGGCCAUCCGCAAGAAGACGCGCAGCAUGCUGUUGUCCCCAGAACAGCUAAAGAUGUGUGUUCAAGAGUAUCAGGGGAAAUACAUCCUCAAAGUUUGUGGCUGUGAUGAAUACUUAUUGGAAAAGUACCCUAUAAGCCAGUACAAGUACAUCCGUAGUUGCAUCAUGCUGAGCAGGAUGCCUAACCUGAUGCUGAUGGCUAAAGACAGCUUGUACACCCAGCUACCUACUGAUAACUUUGUCAUGCCAUCCUACUCUCGACGCAUCUCCACGGCAACAUCCUAUAUGAAUGGAGAGGCAUCCUCCAAGUCGCUGUGGACUAUCAAUGGGACUCUGCGAAUACGGAUCCUUUGUGCCACCUAUGUCAACGUGAAUAUACGGGACAUAGACAAGAUCUAUGUGAGGACUGGAAUUUACCAUGGAGGUGAGCAAAUGUGUGACAACGUCAACACGCAGAGAGUACCCUGCUCUAAUCCCAGGUGGAAUGAGUGGCUCACCUAUGACAUGUACAUCCCAGAUAUCCCCCGAGCUGCCAGACUCUGCCUCUCCAUCUGCUCUGUCAAAGGCAGGAAGGGAGCCAAGGAAGAACACUGUCCGCUAGCUUGGGGCAACAUUAACCUGUUUGACUACACUCACACUCUGGUGGCCAACAAGAUUGCUCUGAACCUCUGGCCAGUCCCUCAUGGCCUUGAAGACCUCCUCAACCCAAUAGGAGUCACUGGAUCUAAUCCCAAUAAGGAAACACCUUGUCUGGAGCUGGAAUUUGACCACUUCAGCUGUCCUGUCAAAUACCCAGAUAUGAAUGCAGUGGAAGAUCAUGCAAACUGGAUUAUCUCCAGGGAAAUGGGGUUUAACUACAACCUCUCAGGACAGAGCAAUCGUGUGGCCAGAGAUCACGCCCUGACAGAGAGCGACAGUGAACAGAUGAGACAGCUGAGUAACAGGGACCCUCUGUCAGAAAUCACUGAGCAGGAGAAAGACUUUCUCUGGAGACACAGGCACUAUUGUAUGAACAUCCCGGAGAUCCUUCCCAAGAUCCUCCUCGCUGUCAAAUGGAACUCCAGAGAUGAAGUAGCACAGAUGUAUUGCCUGUUGAAGGAAUGGCCAUCUAUCCGUCCAGAACAGGCCAUGGAGUUGUUGGACUGUAACUAUCCGGACCCUAUGGUCAGGCACUUUGCUGUUUGCUGCCUUGACAAAUACCUCACCGAUGAUAAACUCUCCCAGUACCUUAUCCAGCUUGUUCAGGUAUUAAAAUAUGAGCAGUAUCGUGACAGUCCACUGGCUCGCUUUCUCCUCAAAAAGGCUCUGACCAAUCAGAGGAUAGGACAUUUCUUCUUCUGGCAUCUCAAGUCAGAAAUGCACAAUAAAACGGUAAGUCAGAGGUUCGGCCUCCUUCUGGAGGCUUAUUGCAGGGCCUGUGGCAUGUACCUUAAACACCUGAGCAGGCAGGUCGAAGCCAUGGAGAAGCUUAUCAACCUCACUGACAUCCUCAAACAGGAAAAGAAAGAUGAGACGCAAAAGGUCCAGAUGAAGUUUCUUGUAGACCAGAUGAAGAGACCCGACUACAUGGAUGCUCUGCAGAACUUCACCUCUCCUCUCAAUCCUGCACAUCAGCUGGGAAAUCUGAGGUUAGAGGAGUGCAGGAUCAUGUCAUCAGCAAAGAGACCACUGUGGCUCAACUGGGAGAAUCUGGACAUCAUGUCCGAGUUACUGUUUCAGAAUAAUGAGAUCAUCUUCAAAAACGGAGAUGAUUUGCGGCAGGAUAUGCUGACGUUGCAGAUAAUUAAAAUCAUGGAGAACAUCUGGCAGAAUCAGGGACUGGACCUACGGAUGUUGCCCUAUGGAUGUCUGUCAUUGGGAGACUGUGUGGGCCUAAUAGAGGUGGUCCGAAACUCCCACACCAUCAUGCAGAUUCAGUGUAAAGGAGGAUUGAAGGGAGCCUUGCAGUUCAACUCCAACACGCUGCAUCAGUGGCUGAAGGACAAGAACAAAGGAGAGACGUAUGACAUGGCUGUGGAUCUGUUUACAAGGUCAUGUGCUGGCUACUGUGUAGCUACAUUUAUUCUGGGGAUAGGAGACAGGCACAACAGCAACAUCAUGGUCAAAGAUGAUGGACAGUUAUUUCAUAUAGAUUUUGGCCACUUCUUGGAUCACAAGAAGAAGAAAUUUGGCUACAAGAGAGAGCGAGUCCCAUUCGUACUGACACAAGACUUCCUCAUCGUCAUCAGUAAGGGAUCCCAGGAGUGCACAAAGACCAAAGAGUUUGAGAGGUUCCAGGAAAUGUGCUACAAAGCGUAUCUCGCCAUCCGACAACACGCCAACCUCUUCAUCAACCUUUUCUCCAUGAUGCUUGGCUCCGGCAUGCCUGAGCUGCAGUCGUUUGACGACAUCGCUUACAUCCGGAAGACGCUGGCUCUGGAGAAAAGUGAGCAGGAGGCCUUGGACUAUUUUAUGAAACAGAUGAACGAUGCUCACCAUGGAGGUUGGACCACCAAGAUGGACUGGAUUUUCCACACAAUUCGACAGCAUGCAUUAAACUAAUCACUCAUCCAAAAGAGAUGUAUCAGCCUCAUCAUGAACUUUUUAUUAUUCUCUGCCAGGAGCAAAACUCUUUGAAGGAAUUCAUUUUUGCCUUCACAGCAAACUCUAUGGAGAUUUCUAUUUUGAUUCCAUUUUGAAGCACUUUUUUUCUCCAUUUUCAUUAGACGAUUCUGUUUUUGGCCUUCCUCUCCUGCUUUUGUCAGCGUGUCAGAUUUUCCUCAGGACCCUCUGACGAUGGUAACCCACAGUAUCAAGUUUAAAAAACAAAAUCUACUCCCUCACUUAGCUGCUGAUUUUAAAGAAAAUCAGAAGUUUGACAUGACUUAGAGAAUCCACAUCUGCCAAGGUAUUAAUGUAGCCACAAAGUGAGUCUACCGUUCAGUCAUCAAAGUGCUGCUCCUUUAUUCCACUUUUAUCAUCACAGCUGGAGAGAUGGAAGUCACAGGAAACAGUGAAUGCAUUAAAAACGUGGCUUAGAUCUCGUAUCCAUUCGAGCUUCUAUAAUGUCUUCCACCAUCCUCGUGUCAUCGUUGCUCUAAGAUAACUGGGCCUGCUUUUGUUUGGUCUUUUUUCUUUGCGUAAGCAGAAAUUUCAAGACAUCAUGUUGUUUUCAAACUGGUCCUCAUGUCCUAAUCUUCAGAGCAAAAAUGCUUCUCCUUCAAAAAAAAGCACUUGGAACUACAAAAACUAUUUGUACAGAUUUAUGACUUUUUAAAUUAAUUUAUGUAUCUUUUUUAUUUUAGUUUGAAAGUCAAAAACUUAACUGAAGGUGCUGUUUAUUUUGUAAAUAUGUUUGUAAUUUUGUGUUAUGAAUAUUUUGGAGGUUUUGUUUGUCACUUACAGCCUCUUAUUAGCAUCAGUUCAACUGCAGACCUUUUCUUGAUGAGACAUACUGCUGAUUUUUUAAUUUAUAGCUCGUCACUUUAAAGUUACCCUUUUAAUUUGGCCCUUGCAUAAGACCUUUUUGUUUUUGGCUUGUUUGCAGCCUAGAAUCAUUUAUUUAGAGAAGCAAACUUGCAAAAGUGAACAUUUCAGUCUUGCGUUAUAUGUACAAUAGGAAGUGGAAAAAAGCCACUGGCUUUUUUGCGACAAGGAGGGACGAAGGUUGUCACAUCUUCCACUUCCCCCACACUGCUGAACACUGUUAAGUCCCAAAGUACGUGACCCAAGUAAAUUGAAGUGAAGUAACCUGAGUAAUAAAGACAAAAAUUGGCAGUUCAUAGGAAAUACGUGAUUUAGCCAUAGCUCUAUUAUUUGUAGCUUUGAGACAGCUUGACAUGUAUUAGUAGCUUUGGGCUUAACCGGUAAAAGUACAAAAACAAAUACAAACCCAGUUUCUUUUUCCAAUUAAAGUUGGCCCUGACUACAUAUUUCUAUUUAAGAACGAGACAGUAUGUUUUUCUGUCCCGAAAAUAAAUUUAAGCCUUUACUCGUUGCAACAGUGAAUCUGCCGAUCCACCAAAAUACGUUUUGAGUGAUUUGAACAUCUUUUUUAAAACCUCUCGCUAUGUUCCAGCUAAUUCAGUCCAUUUUCAUGUGUGAAAUCAAAGAAAAUGGGACAGAAAACUAAAUACGAGCACAAGGCGAUCGAUAACGCAGCUGAAGAGUGACGACAUCAUGUUUGCAGUACCAAACUCCUUAAUGCACAACACAGCGGACAGCAUAGUGUCCAGCUCCAAUUUCACCUUGUAAAAGGAAGCCUUGCAUGGCAAUUUAUCCUGAGAUGAUGGUAAAGCAAGAAGUGUUUUAUUAGAGCAUUAGCUUGGAGAGUUAACAAACAGGCACCCUAUUGAGGGAUUUAAAAGCCCUCUGAAGGGAGCUGGGCCUGUCUGUAAUUCACAACAUUGUUGAAAGACUUCUUGAGAUAAAAAAAAAAAAAACUGUUUUGGGAGCAUUGAGGCUGCAUUGUUACCCUGCUGAGCACAUUCGUGAGUCACCACAGUUUCUCUAAUCAACUGUCACCAGCAAAUGUUAUAAUAGGGAGUUGUGCUGUGAUUGUGUAUGUCUCACUUUUUUCCACAUAGUGUGUGUUUUACUAGACUACAGUAAUGUAACAGAAAAACAUUGUUCUAAGGACACUAUCCGUCACAUUGCUCAGCUGCGGUCAAAGACUGUCUUCAUUUGGCUCAAAUACAGGACGAUACUAAUUGUCGCUGGACAUACAGCGGAAACUUUUGGAAAAGCAGUUAUUAAUUUAACAUGAUUUACGGAUGUCUGGAGAUUUUUAUGCCGACAAAAGGACACAAAGUAUUUUCUUUAUUUUCUGCUCGGAAACAGCUGCAGUCUCCCUCUGGUCCGGCUGUUGACUCCCUGCUGGAGCCAUCUGUUGAAGCCGAGGCAUGAGCUGUGUUGUGUCCUCUUUACUCAGGUUCCUUUGUUUAAACCUAAUAUUCCAGUUAUUUCACAGUCUUUGGGCAAAAAGUGACGAGACUUUGGUGGGUGAGGAGAAAUCAGUGGAGCUCACCCACUUCUCCUGCAUGGACAAUCUUUAUAGCUCACUAAACCCCCCCUUCUGUGUAGGCAAUAAGGGGCCACACAUCCAUUCGACAUAUUCCUGUUAGAUCUGUUUUGUCAGAAAACAAUCCUUUUAACAGUCAUGGAGAAACAUGCCUUCAGACAAUGGGGUAAUAGAGGUUAAACUAUAAUCCAUGUAUGGAUGUGCAUAUCCCAUUUUUAGACCACGACUAAAAAGGUGCCCAAAGAAUUUUGUUUAGAAAAACCCUAGAAAAGCAAAUUAGGAUUUGUUUCAUACAUUCAGGUUUUCUAGCUCUUUAGCACCUUUAAAAUUCCUUAAAUCAAAGAAACACAGCUAUGAUUAGCCAUGCAAGGCAACUUAAUAUAGAUUUAUAGAACUCGCCUUCAUUUGUCGAGAAUUAAAAUAUUUAACAAUCUCGUUUCAUAUUACAUUUGAAUGCAUUAAAGGAUUGUGUAAAGGAAUUUUGUUGAAGGUAAAAUGUUUUUUGUGUUUCAGUAAGUAUUCAUAUGCAUAUAUGAAGUGCUGAUAGCAUGUAAAGCUUGAAGAAUACCAAUCUUUGUUUUUGAUAAUUAAAAAACUGCCAUAUGUCAUAUUAAAACAUUUUUAUUGGCUUAACUAUUAACCUCAUUAUGUAAUAUGCUCCACAAAUGAGAGUGUUUUAUAUGAUCAGGGGAAUUAAAGAUUAUCUUGGUAAGCCCAUAAAAGUAAAUGAAUAAAUUAAAAAUUUCACCAGACCAGUUAGUUGUAUUAAGAGGCCAAAGUAGUGAUCUGUUUUAAUUUGGCACAACUAUGUUGUCAUAUUUGUGCAGUGUUAUUAGCUUGAAUGUAUUUCAUUGCCUAAGUGGACCUUCUGUUUUUUGUCUGUUUUGGUAUGAGUGAAUCUUGUGAAAGCUCAUACUGUAAACUAUGCUUGAAGUGCACUACAAAAUUAAAUAUUCUUGCCUUUUUGUUUAAACCUUAGUCUGAAAUGAUGUUUCUCAAACAGCAAAGCUCAUAUGUAUGAUGUACAACUUCUGAGCAGCAGUAAGUCAUUCUUUUUUUUUUUUUUUUUUACUUUUUAAGGUGUGGCAAAUCCGUUGUGGUGUUAUCCCAUUUAUCCGUUCCCAUGUAUCCUCCAAAUGAUUGUUUCCUCAUUGGGAUUAACUGUCAUUCUGUGCAGGCUGCAGAGUUUCAUUGGCAGGUUCCAAUGGAAAGAAAUCCUGUAUGUGUUCAUGAGUCUGUGUGCCAAGGCUCAUGGAAUAAUGGGGUCUUUAAAUGUUUUGGAAAUGCCACCCUCCUCUGGCAGUGCAGUUUUAUAGGUAUUCAUUUUUUGCUUUGUUUAUAAGAACACAAGGGGAAACAAACUUUUUAUGUACGUUUUACUUGAAAACUCAUAAAUUGGAAACAGUGGUUGCUUUGCAGCAGAGAUUCUUUGUCUAUUUAGUGCUAAUUAUGAAAUUGGGUCUGUAUUGUACUGUAUGUAAGCACCGAUGGCCGAAGCAUUGUUUAAUACUAGCAGUGAAUGUGAAUUAAAGCCACAGCUCUCAGUUAGAAAGUGAAGACUCAACUACGUCUCUAUUGAAGGACGGAAGAUGUGCUUGAGUCAAAGCCUUUAGGGUCAAGUGACCUGAGAGAUUAAGUUAAAGAUCCUGGAAAGUACAUUUAUUGUUUUAAUAAGAUUCUAACAGCUUUUCUAACAUGGUUGGUUAAAGUUCUUCUGUCACACAAAUACAAGAUUUUCCUCCUGGAAGUCAUCACCUUCAUGCAUAAGAUGAGCUGUCUGCAGAACAGUUACAUCCGUAAAUGAUUCGGUUGUUGCCGAGGAAGUUCAACCCAAUUAAGUGCAAUAAUGGUGCCGUAAACCUGCCUUUUUAGUGACUCUCACAGUGACUUUUGGACUAAAAUGUUUGUCUCCCGUCUGUUAGGAUGGUUUCCUGAAUACAAUCCUCACCUUUUCCUUCGUAAAUGCACUGUUUCUAUUGAGCCUCUGAAGGAGCUGUGAACUGUCAAGAGAAACUGAGAAAAUAUCACAAAAUAGAUGAAGAAUCUGGUUUUAAAUUUCAGGCUAAUCAUGUUUUAGAUUCUCUGGAAUAUUGACCAAAAUAAAACAUAAAAUAUAUGUUCUUUGUAUGCAGCUCUGUGAACUACAUUUUAUUAAUGUACUGUGCUGCCAGAACUCUUGUCAACCAUAGAUUCAUGUAAAAUGUGCCAAUGUAGUGUUUCUCCUAGCAUACUUGCAUGGAUCAGUAUUCCUUUUCCUAAUUUUAUCAUCUUUUCCCCGUUUAUUUUGAUAAUUAAACAUUAAGGUGAUUUUUAACUCCUUAUGUUUGCACCCUGUAGGGUUUGGGAUAUAUUUGCUUCCAUUAAGUUGCAUUAUUUUUUUAUUUAUAAAUAUACAUUUAUUUUUGCUCAACGUUCUGAGAGCUAAUGGUUGUAUAACCUGACUGGUGCUCUGUGAAGAUGUGUAAAUAAAUUUGUUAAACCUUCA